AUGGAAGGCAGAGGAGACAGAGGAGACACGACCAAAUUCACAGCGGAAGAUGGACUGAUUUCCCGCAUGUCGGAGAACAAGGUGAAGCAGCUGUGUGUGCCCGAAAGUCGAGAGUCGAAGCUGGCAAUAGUGAACAACCAUCACGACACACCAACAGCAGCGCUCCCAGGCAUCGAGCGAGCCGCCAACCUGUCAAGAUGUGGUUCUGGUGGAAGAGCAUGCUUGAAGACAUCAAGACGUAUGUGCGAACGUGCAAGACUUUCUGAUGUUAGUCUUGGCCAAUAG